AUGGCUGCCCCUUACGCCAAACUGCCCGCCUGGGUCGAUUACGGCCUGAUCCCGCUCAUCAACGUGACCGUGGCUUUUCUUGUCGCCGGUCUCGUCGUGCUGUUGGUGGGCGAAAACCCGGUGCGCGCCGCGCAGCUUCUCGUGCAGGGCGCGUUCGGUUCGGGCGACGGCAUCGGCUAUACGCUCUUUUACGCGACGAACUUCAUCUUCACCGGCCUUUGCAUGGCCGUCGCUUUCCAUUGCAGCCUGUUCAACAUUGGCGGCGAGGGACAAGCCUAUGUCGGCGGCCUCGGAGUUGCGAUCGUCUGCCUGGCCUUCGACUCGGUCUUUCCCUGGUGGAUCAACCUGCCGCUGGCGACGAUCAUGGCCGCGCUGACCGGCGCUCUCUGGGCGUUGAUUCCUGCCUGGCUGCAGGCGACGCGCGGCAGCCACGUCGUCAUCACGACCAUUAUGUUCAACUUCAUCGCCGCCAGCCUGAUGGUCUAUCUGCUGGUCGGCCCACUCAAGCCCGUCGGUUCCAUGGCGCCCGAAACACGCACCUUUGCCGAGGGCGCGCAGCUUCCGCGGCUCGACUGGAUGCUGGAAAUGUUCGGCCUGACGAUCCGCUCGGCACCGCUCAACAUCACCUUCCUGCUUGCGCUUGCAGCCGCGUUUGGCGUCUGGGUUUUGAUCUGGCGCACCCGACUUGGCUACGAAAUCCGCACCAUGGGCUUUUCGCCGACGGCCGCCAGAUAUGCCGGCAUCAACCAGACCAAGGUGAUCGUCAUCGCGAUGAUGGUGUCGGGCGCCAUGGCGGGCAUGAUGGCGCUCAACCCUGUGAUGGGCGACCAGACGCGCCUGCAGAUGAACUUCGUCGCCGGAGCAGGCUUUGUCGGCAUUGCCGUGGCGCUGAUGGGGCGGUCGCAUCCGGCCGGCAUCAUUCCCGCGGCGAUCCUGUUCGGCAUGCUCUACCAGGGGGGCGCCGAACUGUCCUUUGAGAUGCCCACCAUCUCGCGUGACAUGAUCGUCAUCAUCCAGGGUCUGGUGAUCCUGUUUGCCGGCGCGCUCGAGCACAUGUUCCGGCCGACCAUCGCGCGGAUGUUCCACAUGGCCGGCGGCGGGACGCUCAAGCCCACGCCGCAGCCGGGCGAAUAG